AUGCUAUUCAUACACUAUGUCAACCUAACACAUUUUCAAAGAAGCACGGAUUCUUUUGCUGUGGAUGUCAAAGUUUUUAUGAGCAUAGAAUUAGUAUUAUACUUUGUUGAUCUAUUCAAUAUGAUCUUUAACUUUGCCAUUCUCAUUCGUGCUCAUCAAUUUCAUUUCAAUUUUUGCUGCAUUCAAGGGUUUCUUUUUGUGAUUCAUUUUACCGAUAAUAUCUCAAUUAUCAUUUUAAGAGUCAUGAUGGUUUUUGAAGUUAUAGAUAAUUCCAAUCCAACGUCAUCAUUUAUUUUCUGGAUUGCAAUGAACGUCACGAUCGGUUGCACAUUCGCAGCCAUGUGUACAUUGUUUUUCUUAGCCGUCGAACGAUGUUGUGCUACAUUGUUCAUUGCUGAUUACGAAAUUCGCCUCAGAAAAUCAAUUUCCGUUUUUCUUAAUUUGUUUCUGACGGUUUUUGGAUUGGGAGCAUGUUUUGUAAUAGUCAAUAAGAAUAAUACAAUUUAUUUGAUUAGUAUACUCUUGGUGAUAAAUGGGUUUGCACUUUUGCUACAUUAUUGUCUCAUUUGGUGGAACAGAAAGAUUUAUGGAGGUCUUCAUGACAGCGUUGAUAUCACAUCCUACUCACUAACGGAGAGAUUCCAAGUCGCUGAGAAUAUCAAGUCUUUACAAAUGAUGAACAACAUAAUCUACUACAUGGGAUUCAUGAAUGGAAUCGUUGUGUUCAGUGUGCUCGUUUCCAGCUUCAAUCUCACUCCAGAACAGGAACUAUUCACCACAUUCUGUCUGGACACAGCUAUUUUCUUCUACAGCUUUUGUUAUCCAAUUAUUAUGUACAAGUCCUGUGAUCGAUGGAAAUCUGAAAUCGAUUCUUAUUUUGAGUUCAUAGGUCUUAUUAAACCUUCAAACACAUCGAAAGUUUACCCAAUUCUAAACUCCUUCGGGAAAUCAUUGGAACAAGCCAACACGAUGAGCAAUCAUUUCGAUCAUCUUCGUGUUUCUUGGGAAGCCGUCCCGAGGAAAAAAUUCACUUCAUUCGUAUCUUCGAGUCUCUCCAAAUCAAUGAGAGCUGGGAUUCUCUUUCUUCUUUUUUCUUACUCUGUUGGAUUCGAUGUUGGCCUAAUCAGCCGGUACGUCCCAACUUCAUUCAUCGAAACCGAACCUUUCCUGCCGGAAGUCACGGAUGGAGCUCAAGCAUACGAAAGUGCUCACAUAUUUCUUAAUGAACUUGUUGCCAAUGGAACAUACACCACUGGAGAAGAUGGACUUUUCGUUGUGGUAAAUCAUACAGUUUCUUUGAUUAUCAAUGAUUGGGAGUACUUCUGGAGUGCCAUGUUCCAUCCGCCAUUGAGAAAUGGGUCAUUUGGCUGUAAAAUUCCAAUGAAAUGGCUGAUUGAAGUUUCUCGGGAUAUGGACGACUUCAAAUAUCGAACCAAACUCUCUAAGAAUCAAAUUGAAGUUUCUAUGGAGAAGUUCUUAAAAAAGGUUCGCUUCGACGACCACACUGUCCCAUCUGAAAUCGCCUGGUCAUGUAUUCAUCCAGUCUCUCGUUGUUGUGGAAUUGGAUGUUGCUCCAAAGAGUCACGAGUGAAAACGGAGAGCAUUUUCCAUAGUGUGUUUGGGUACAUGUGUGGGGGAUUCAUGAUCAUGUGUUGUUUCAUUCUUCUGCUCACAAUCAUCAUGUUCCUCUGCAACGACGUCUGGCACCGCUACAUUCCAUGGUUCCCGACGUCGCCAAGACCUCCAGCAACCCCACGUGGCGAGGCUCACGAGAUGCAAGAGCUCAACCCAGCUAACCACAGAUCUCCAUCCAGACAGCACUUGUCUGCUUAA